AUGGCUUUCCAGCAUUCGCAUCCUCACCCUUUUGGUUAUGAUAUGAAUGCAAAUCACCUCAAUUACGACACGCCCCAACAAUCAAAUCAAUCCUCGGAACACUAUCAAGACAAUAAACUCAGCGCAGAUCAACCCAUCAACAAUGUUGGCAUGAUGUCGAGCAGCUCUUCCAGUCACAACUUUCGCAGAGACUCUGUUGCGACAAAUUCUGGCCCCCUUAAUGAUGCUUCAUCGUGGGAUCACAAGCAACUAUAUCCCGGUGCUGGUUUCGACCCGUCACAUGCGUAUAAUCAUGGCGAAAAUGGUGUCUACAUUCAGCAUGAUCAUUCACAAGUCUAUGCUCAAGGUUGGAUGAUGUCGCCAACAACUUCUUCGGAUACAACGGGCUUCGAAGGCUACCCUGGAGCAAAGUACGAGAACUCUCCCUUUCCUGGUAGUCUACCAUCUGAUCGAGCCUCAUUCCCACCUCAUCCACUCGCUCAAGCCCAUCACAUAUCGGCAUCGCCACAAGCGUCUUUGUCGCCACCAGCACACGCCGACUGGAUGGACAUGACCGGACCAAACAAGCCGCUCAAGUCCGCAGAUGUGAAGCCCAUCAAGCCCCGUCAUCAACCUCUUCUCAGACGUGAUACUCGUGAUGGGAUUCGCAAGAAGAACGCCAAGAUCCCCAUCCCCUCCGAGAUUACUUUGGAGAACAUCAAUGACUUGAUUGAAGGUUGCACUGAUGAAGACGAGAUGAAGCAAUUGAAGGCGCAAAAGCGACUUCUCCGCAACAGGGAAGCAGCCAAAGCGCAUACCAGAAUUCAGGCUAUGCAGCUGGANAAGGCAGAGUUGAUCUGCAAUCACACAAAAGAGACUGCUCACUUGCGAGGUCAGAUCAAUUGGUACCGUGAACAGCUCGAGGCAACGAGUCCGCUUGCUCCAGCUAUGAGUGCUGCGCCCAGUAGUACUGGCUUCACUGACUUCAAUCUGGAGAUGGAUCAUCUGGCUAUUGGAGAUCACUCUUGGGAUCGACCUAUCAAUGUGCAUGGUGUCGAUGAUCUAGACUAUCUUGGUGAUACAGCUGAAUCUUUUGCUACGAUUCAGCCGACGAAACAACUUCGCCAGCAACAGCAACAAGACUCUCCUGUCAAGUCCACCGCAGAGCAGCCAGUUGCUUCCGGUAUCUUGUUCAUGUUACUUCUUUGUGGAGCCUUUGUCGCCUCUAGAUCUUCUUCUGCAGCAAAAGACACUGCACAAAACGAUCUCAUCCCGAAGAUGCCCGAGGAGGUCAGAGCUGCGAGUACCGAGGUACUUCACAAUCUGCUCAAAGAGAACCCGAAAGAAGCAUCACUAUUCUUGCCUGAUCUCGCAUCUUCACACCGCUACCAGCAGUCUGGUAAUCCAGCAUGGCCACAGCCUUCCAAUAUCGCCAAUCUGCACAAACACUUGACCUCUCCGACCGCAAUGCAAGAAGCAGAACAGGCUUUCGCAAUGACGCCUGAGCAGUACAACGCGCUGACAACAUAUCAACACAUGGAUACCAUGGCCCCUGCGCCCCCCUCACAGAGUCUCCGCCCGAAUCUUGCCGAGACCUUGGGAAGAAUGCGCGAAGCCAGAGGACCAAGUGCGGCAGAUGUGUAUACCAGAAGUUUGCUUUGGGACACUAUUCCAGAAGAUGUGGUGAAAGCCUUCAAGCGGGCCGUCGCGCAGAGACAGGAAGAUGAUGAGCACAUGAAUGACAGCACUGACGGAUUAUGA